GAAGGAGAAGAUUCGAACGACUCAUUUUCUUCCCAACCAAACACUCAUUCCUUCGAAUCUCCAAAUGGGCGACAAUGACCCGUGGUUAGCCCCAGACAAGCUCCAACAUGUUCUCUUCUGCUUCUCUCUCACGCUCAUCUUCUCCACUCUAGCCACCCGAACCCGGUACCCGUUUCUCCGUCGUCACUCUAUUUGGUUCGGAUCCAUCUUGUCUCUCUUAGCCGGCGCAGUCAAGGAGUUCGCUGACGAGCUCGGGUUCUUCAGGUCCGCCGGAGCCUCCGCUAAAGACGCCGUUGCCGAUUUCGUUGGCGUCCUAAUCGGCUCGCUGGUGCUUUAUUUUGUCAAGUAUGUGACUCGACCCGAGAAUGAGACGGGUCGGCUCAAAGAGGUUUCGAUGGUCUGAAUGGGCUUUUGGGUCGGAAUGGGUAAUGGGGUUGUCUGGUUUAUGGGAAGUGUUGGUGGGGUUGGGUUAGUUUGGGUGUUUGAAGAGGAGUUUGGUUGGCGAGAAAGUGUGGGAAAAGACGAGAAAGUGGAAGUUUUGAGUUUGUGAUCUCGAGAUAUUAAGAGGAUUUCGCUCAGGUGUGGCAGAAGCUAGCAAAAGAUGACGGCACUGAGCUUUUCAUUGCGGGCAAUCGUUCGAGCAAUUCGUUAACUUUAGGCCUGAUGAGAAUGUCGAUCAGUCAUCUUCUGAAGCUCCUUGGUGAAGGCUUUUCAAUACCAUCACCAUCUUCAGGCAGCUUGACAGCCGUAUAGGUUCCAGCCCCAAAGAGCGCCCCAAGAAAUGGUGCAGUGAGGUAGACCCAUAUGGCUUUGUAAUUUUUUGCAGCUAUGGCUGGCCCUAACGUUCUCACUGGGUUCAUUGAAGCUCCUGUUGUUUCCCUGCACAAUUGUGAAAAAGAAAACGAAACUUUUCAAGAGAUCAUCCUGAAAUAGCAUUGAUGUGUGUUUCUACGGAUCCCGAUGUGUGUAUCUCCUCGUGUCUAGCUCGUUUAACAUGAUGGGAGACAGACACAAAGGAAUAUACGAUCAGGCAUAACUAAACCAUGUCCUUAGGAUUAUAGAUUCAUUAUUCAGCCCAAAAGUAAGAUAUUGUAGAGGGAGUAGUGGGUUGGAGUAGUGACAUACCCAGCUAUGAGUAUGUUAAGCAUGACAGUUGCUCCCACCGCGAUUCCCGCCAACUCUCCAACCUGUAUAUGGUUAAAAUUUUGAUCAGUCAGUCAUGUAUGCAUGUGCUGUUUUAUUAAUAAUUUCACAUAUUUUAUUC